AUGGCGUUCGGCAGCCUCGAAGAUAGGGCAGAACCACUGAAGAUCAGGAGAUAUUCUUCUAAAGACGAUGUCAGUCUUAUCAAGUUGAACGCCCCCGUUACCUUUAACGAUGGAGUACAGCCAGCUUGCUUGCCGACGCUUGGCUGGAAAUUGCAACCUGGUACUGUUUGCUACGUCACAGGUUGGGGGCAGAGUAGAGGAUCUGGUGGAGCAGAGUUCUUGAAGCAGUCCGAUCAAAUGGUGCAGGCUAGAGAAAACUGCAGGGUUAACGAGAAUACUCAAAUAUGUGUGGCGAAGUAUCAAAGUUCACCUUGCCAUGGUGACAGCGGUGGACCUCUUUCAUGCCCAGUCGGAGGAAAAUGGUACGUGUUUGGAGCUGCCAGCUCGGUCACGACGUCUAACUUCAUGACUGGUUUGUGUACGGGCCCAGGUGCUAAAACCAUAUAUGCAAACAUUGCUGAUAAGGCAGAAUGGAUAAGAACCAUGAUUGAUAGAUACAGCUGA